GCAAAUUUGACAGGCCAUGCAGAGAAAGUUGGCAUUGAAAACUUUGAGCUCCUGAAAGUUCUUGGAACAGGGGCCUAUGGAAAAGUAUUCCUAGUGAGGAAAGUAAGCGGCCAUGAUGCUGGAAAAUUGUAUGCCAUGAAAGUACUGAAGAAAGCAACAAUAGUUCAAAAAGCCAAAACAACUGAGCACACAAGAACAGAACGACAAGUCUUGGAGCACAUUAGGCAAUCACCAUUUUUGGUCACAUUACAUUAUGCCUUCCAGACAGAUACAAAGCUUCAUCUCAUUUUAGACUAUAUAAAUGGAGGAGAAUUGUUUACUCAUCUUUCACACAGAGAGAGAUUCUCAGAAAAUGAGGUGCAAAUAUACAUUGGAGAAAUCGUUUUGGCACUUGAACAUCUCCACAAGUUGGGGAUUAUAUAUCGAGAUAUAAAACUUGAGAAUAUUCUCCUCGAUUCUGAUGGUCAUGUGGUGCUGACAGACUUUGGUUUAAGUAAGGAGUUUCUUACUGAUGAGAAUGAGAGAGCAUAUUCCUUCUGUGGAACGAUAGAAUAUAUGGCUCCAGAUAUUGUAAGAGGGGGAGACACAGGACAUGAUAAGGCUGUUGAUUGGUGGAGUGUUGGUGUUCUUAUGUAUGAAUUAUUAACUGGAGCAUCACCAUUUACAGUUGACGGAGAGAAGAAUUCCCAAGCAGAGAUUUCUAGGAGAAUAUUAAAAAGUGAGCCACCUUAUCCACAAGAAAUGAGUGCUCUGUCUAAGGAUAUAAUUCAGCAGCUUUUAAUGAAAGACCCCAAGAAGAGGCUAGGUUGUGGUCCCACUGAUGCUGAUGAAAUCAAACAGCAUCCCUUUUUCCAGAAUAUGAAUUGGGAGGACUUAGCUGCCAAAAAAAUACCAGCUCCAUUUAAACCAGUAAUCAGAGAUGAAUUGGAUGUCAGUAAUUUUGCAGAAGAGUUUACAGAAAUGGAUCCAACAUACUCUCCUGCAGCAACCCCUCAGACUUCAGAAAGAAUAUUCCAGGGAUAUUCUUUCGUUGCACCUUCUAUUUUGUUUAAACGCAAUGCAGCUACAGUAGAUCCUUUUCAGUUUUAUGUGGGGGAUGAGCGACCUGGAACUACAACUAUUGCCAGAAGUGCUAUGAUGAAGGACUCUCCAUUUUAUCAUCAUUAUGAACUGGAUCUGAAAGAGAAACCAUUGGGAGAAGGAAGUUUUUCCAUUUGUCGAAAGUGCUUACACAAGAAAACUAGCCAAGAGUAUGCAGUAAAAAUAAUUAGCAAAAGAAUGGAAGCCAACACCCAGAGAGAAAUAACAGCUCUGAGACUCUGUGAAGGACACCCGAAUGUAGUGAAGUUACAUGAAGUUUUUCAUGACCAGCUUCACACGUUCCUAGUAAUGGAAUUACUGAAGGGAGGAGAAUUGCUUGAACGUAUUCAGAAAAAGAAACAUUUCAGUGAGACUGAAGCCAGUCACAUUAUGCGCAGACUUGUUUCAGCAGUGAGCCAUAUGCACGAUGUAGGAGUAGUCCAUAGAGAUCUGAAACCUGAGAAUUUACUAUUUACAGAUGAAACUGAUAAUUCAGAAAUAAAAAUAAUCGAUUUUGGCUUUGCUUGUUUAAAACCACCUGACAAUCAGCCUCUUAAGACUCCAUGUUUUACUCUUCAUUAUGCUGCCCCAGAGCUCUUGAAUCACAAUGGUUAUGAUGAGUCUUGUGAUCUGUGGAGUUUGGGGGUCAUUUUGUACACGAUGCUGUCAGGACAGGUACCAUUUCAGUCUCAAGACAGAAGUUUAACAUGUACUAGUGCAUUGGAAAUCAUGAAGAAAAUAAAAAAAGGAGAAUUUUCCUUUGAAGGAGAGGCUUGGAAAAAUGUUUCUGAAGAGGCUAAAGAGCUAAUUCGAGGACUUCUAACAGUGGAUCCAAACAAAAGAAUUAAAAUGUCCAGCCUGAGAUACAACGAGUGGCUUCAGGAUGGCAGCCAGCUCUCAUCUAAUCCUCUCAUGACGCCUGAUAACUUAGGCUCUUCAGGAGCUGCAGUGCACACAUAUGUCAAAGCCACUUUCCAUGCCUUCAACAAGUACAAAAGGGAAGGAUUUUGUCUCCAGAAUGUGGACAAGGCACCUCUUGCAAAAAGAAGAAAAAUGAAAAAAACAAGUACAAGCACAGAGACACGUAGCAGCUCCAGUGAAAGUUCCCAUUCUUCUUCCUCUCAUUCUCAUGGUAAAACUACACCUACAAAGACAUUGCAGCCCACAAACCCUACAGACAGCAAUAACCCGGAAACCAUCUUCCAGUUCUCCGACUGAGAAGCAGAGAAUAUCCUGUCUUGAGGAGUUAAGUGGUUAUAGACUUGGCAGUACCUGUAAUGUCUUCUCCCACCCUUCCUCCCUGUGGCUUACAGGCUGCUACAGGAAAACGUCUGUUGCUUUCGAAAUGUAUUUUAGUCAUACCUUUUUAGCUUUGUAUUUCCAUACAUUUCCUUUUAGUGUUUGGUAUCACUGGAUAUAGUAUAAUACUGUUAUACAACCAACAUUGGAUUCUCUGAGGGCUAAAUUACUGGUGUGCAGUCAAGCUCAAGGUAAGUAGCUGUGCUGCUCAUGGUACCACUUGGAAGAAGACUGUUCCUCAGUGUCACAAUCUUCCUCCCAGUUUCUUCCCCACUGCUCAAAGAAAGGAAAGCUCUGUAACAUAUAUGGAACUUUGGGAUCUUCUGCUCUUACCCAGCUCUGUGAAGAAUGUUACAGAAUUUGUUUCUUCAUGCAUGUAAAGAAUGAUUUGUACAAUGCACCAAAGCAGUAUAGUACUUUAAAGCCUUUUAAAUUUAUGGUUACAUUCUGUCCCAUUUAUUUGAAUUUUAAGAUCAAAAUGAAGCACUAUGAAACUCUUAUUUUCUUUAAAAAAUAGCUCCACAUAUCUUGUUCUAAACAACUGAGAAUAGAAGUCUUAGAUUUUUUUUAUUUAUUUAUUUUUUUAAAAAUACUUCUAGGAUAAAAGUUAUCUGAUAAGGUGAGAUGUCUAAUACUGUGAUACAAUAAUUUUUAUUUUUUGAAGUUAUUAACUUCUAAAAGAUUUUACAGAUUCUAAAAUGUAAUGCUAUAAGAGAAAAUUAAAUUUCAUAUUUGAUGCUUUGGAAAAUGGUCACAUGUUAAAAUACCUAUUUCAAGAUUUAAUUAUAUAUAUUUUUUUUAAUAGUUACACAAUAAUUUUAAAAUACUACGAUUUUUUUUAAAGAUGAGAAAACUCCAGUUUCAGCAUUUGUUAUUAUAGGGUCCAUAAGAAUGCAUACCAAGUUAUUUGAAUUUAGCAUUGUGCAAAUAUGGCAGUCUAAUAGUGACUGUAAAAUAUUAGAAUAUGUGUUUUAUUUUUUGCACUUUAUAACAUCCAAAGGAGAUGUUUUAGAAUAAAGUGCACUCAGAUCUCUCUUCCUACAAGGUGCUGAGCACUGUUUUACUGGGCUGAAUGACCUGAAAUCCACCAUAUAUAUUUGGUGGUUGUGGUUAUUGUGAAGGAGAAUUCUGUACUUUGCAGGAGUGAAUCCCUGUAUAUUACCCACUGUUUUCAUUCCUUACUGUAAAAUGCAAAGCUCUUUCUAUCUUGCUUUUACAUUGUAUAUAACAAAUACUAGACUUGGGCACCUUGUGUAGUGUAGAUGUUAACAACUUAUGCACUGGGAAUACUAAAGGGAAAUUAUAUUGAACACUGUGCUUCACAACUUGUUCACUGUGGUGUUCUACAGUGAAGUAUUUCCUACUGUGAUAGUAUAGUAUGUACAUAACUGUUUGGAAUCAUAAAUGUGACUUACAGAAACAUCAGCAUAAACUUUUAAAUCAGUAUAUUUUAUAAAUUUAUGGAGAGUCUUUUAUAGCUUGUAUUCUCAAUGAUUAGGGGUAACUUAAGUGCUAAAGAUGACUCCUGUUUUGCAAAUGCUUACAUGUGUAAGUUUCCACUGAAGUCAGAAAGGCUCCUUGUCAUAUGCCUAAAUUUGUGUGAUGGAAGACUAAUUGACUAGAGGAUUUUGUUAACAGCUGUCUCUAUCCUAAAGUAACCUUAAUCCAAACCCUAUGCAAAAAAAAAAGUUAUAGAAAUGGUUUAUAUCAGUGAUUUUAUUUAUAGAAUUAUAUCAGAUAUCAGUAUUGACAAAUACAAUACAUCCAUGUUUACAGGGAUUGUGUGUAUCAAAAUAAGGCUUUGAAGCCCAACAUGUUUGUUCUGUGUUUCUUUAAUAUUAAUAAUGGCAUUCUGAGGUUUUGGAAUUGCUCAUGUGAAAUAGUUUACUACUUUCUUGAUGUGAAUGUCAACAGUAAUUGCAGCAUUAAUUUCAGGUUGAUGUGAAUAUUGAGAUUUGCACUGUUUAUGUAGAAGUAGUAUAUUUAAAAAUCUGUCUAUGUGCUAAUAACACAACCAGUUUUAAGUGGCUGAUGUUAAAAGUAUUGAAUAAUAAUUGUCAAUGUAAUAUAUUCAGGUUUGCUUUCUGAAUGCUAUCUUUGGAAGUAAUCUCAAUAGUGAACAUGGCUCAUUUGUAAAAGAAUACUUUUCCUCUCCCAAAUAAACUUGCUGUAAAUACAACAAACAAUCCACCAUUAAUACUUGUUAUGCAGACAAUAUAAGUGAAUUGGGAGAUUGGAGAACAGGUUGCUUGUAAAGUUUGCACUUUGAGGUGUUUGUGGAACUUGUUGUUUUCCUGAUGAAGACAACUAAAAGCAAUUGCAGUCUGAUUUCAUUUAAGUGUAAGAAACUUUUGGAUACAAGGUGGAUUUGGAAUAUUGUGACCCAAAUGAAAGAACUUAAAUGUUGGGAACACAGAACAGUUGUUUCCGUGUAGGGAAAAUGAAACUGUUUCUUGACAAACUGAUGAAACAACAAGAAUGUUUGCACUAAACAAUAGAUAACAAAGAUACUAAGUGCUAGAGAUAA